GGGGAGGUGGGGGCUCGAACCAGGAUCCUUACACGGGUCCUUUAGCUUUGCGCCAUGUGUGCUUAACCCCCUGGGCCACCGCCCAGCCUCCCAUGAAAGUCUUUUUGUAUAAGCAUUAUGCUAUGUCCCCAGUCCCAUUCCCAGGUUCAGUUUUCUAGGAUGAACCCUACAAAGCAGCUCCUUGGGGAAAGGUGGGUUCUAUCAGCUAAUGCUGCACACCUGCACCUGUUCCCCAAUUCUCACAGCCCACUCCCAUUGCACCCAAAGGGCAAGAUGAGACUGGGGAUACAGACCACAGGAUAGAGGCUUGAGUGCAUGUCUCAGAAAGGUUGCAAGUAGUUGUCCACUGGAAGUGUAUUUUGGGGGCCCCUUUGAGGAGGGUUCCGAAGGGAUCUCUGUCUUCAAAAGAAAAAAAAAAUUUUUUUCCCUUUUUUUUAAAACGAGAGCACUGCUCAGCUCUGGUGUAUGGUAGUGUGGGGAUUGAACCGGGGCUUUGGAGCCUCAGGCAUGAGCGAAUCUUUUGUAUGACCAGUAUGUUUGUUAUCUAUCCCCAACCUGUGAAGGGCUCUUGAUGGGGGUUGUGAAGAAGAGUGUGAGGUGCCAGGAUUCCAAAGCGGACUUCAUAGUAUGCCAGCUUUGAAGGCGCGUUUCUGGGUUCAUUGGGUACAAAUUUCCCCAUGCUCCUAGGAACCAUCAGACCCGCGGGUCCCUGACUUUGGGGACCUGGACUUUCCAGUUUAGGUACAGUCGCUUUCACUUCAGUCCGCCCGCCGCAGCAGCCAGGCUUGCAGCUCUUUGGACGUCGGACCUGCCACUCCUUUGCUUUUUGCUUUCCCAUUGGCUUGUGGCAGAUCAGGCAGCCUUCCUGUUAGCCCAUUAAGCAGGACCCAACCAAGGGCGGGCCGUACUUUUCCGAGCACUUCUUUUGCCAGCUUGCAAGAUGGCGCUCCAUCCCGCGCUAGGGAUGCUGCAUGAAGCCGCAGCCCUGCCAUCACUCAAGAUGGCCGCACCCAUCAAGAUGACCGGGGUGUGCCGGGAGAAAGGUGCAGAGUUGUGGUCUGCGACGGUCUAGCAGCGGACCAUGUGGAAGUUUCUAGGACUGGGGAGCCGGGUAAUGGGGGGUGGGACCCUUGGGGGGGACAGGGAACUUUAGCGUCCAUCCCAGACUAGCCCCGGCCCCCGACUGACAUGGGGAACACUUUGGGUCUGGCACCCAUGGGGGCUUUGCCGCGCCGGAGCCCCCGUCGAGAGGAGCCUCUGCCCAACCCUGGGAGCUUCGAUGAGCUGCACCGCCUGUGCAAAGAUGUUUUUCCGGCUCAGAUGGAGGGCGUGAAGCUGGUGGUCAACAAGGUUCUGAGCAGUCAUUUCCAGGUAGCUCACACCGUGCACAUGAGUGCCCUGGGAUUGGCCGGCUAUCACUUACACGCAGCAUAUGCUGGGGACUGGCAACUUAGCCCCACUGAGGUCUUCCCCACUGUGGUGGGGGACAUGGACAGCAGCGGCAGCCUCAAUGCCCAGGUCCUGGUCCUGCUGGCAGAACGCCUCCGAGCCAAAGCUGUCUUCCAGACGCAGCAGGCCAAGUUCCUGACAUGGCAGUUUGAUGGGGAAUAUCGGGGUGAUGACUACACAGCUACCCUGACCCUUGGGAACCCCGAUCUGAUUGGAGAGUCAGUGAUCAUGGUGGCCCACUUCCUGCAGAGCCUUACACAGCGGCUGGUGCUAGGGGGAGAGCUGGUGUACCACAGGCGACCAGGCGAAGAGGGGGCUAUUCUGACACUGGCGGGAAAGUACUCAGCUGGGCACUGGGUGGCCACCUUGAACGUGGGGUCAGGCGGGGCCCAUGCAAGUUAUUACCACAGGGCCAACGAGCAGGUUCAAGUUGGAGUGGAGUUUGAGGCCAAUACCAGGCUCCAGGACACCACAUUCUCCUUUGGCUACCACCUGACCCUGCCCCAGGCCAACAUGGUAUUCAGAGGCUUGGUGGACAGUAACUGGUGUGUGGGGGCUGUGCUAGAGAAGAAGAUGCCCCCCCUGCCUGUCACCCUGGCCCUUGGGGCCUUCCUCAACCACUGGCGCAACCGCUUCCACUGCGGCUUCAGCAUCACCGUGGGCUGAGACUAUCUCCAAGCCAACACCACCACAGUGGCCACCUGGACGGCUGAGGACCAAGGCCCAUCUCUGGAACCCAUCUAAUUGGGCAACCACAGGGUCCCAGGAGCAGAGUAGGGGAUGGGACUGUGCCCUGGGAACUGGAGC